GAAUUCUUUACGGCCAUAAACAUAGAAAUUCUUUAGCAAUUAUUGCCAAAAAUAUCAAAUGCAGUAAAACCACUGUGCAUGAAACUUUGAAACAGUAUGCUCAGACAGGAUCUACUAUGCCAAGAAAACAUUCUGGUUCAAAAGCUAUAUUUAAUGAAUCAGCAUUGGAAGAACUUAGAAAAAUGGUUAUACAAGAUACCAAAUACUCUAAAGAGUUUGAUGAAUCAUGUCUUGUUCCUACUGUAGGACAUAGUCCUGGUCUUAUGUUCUGGGGUACUAUAAAUGGUAAAGUUUAUACUAAACUUAUAAGAAGACAUGCUAUUUCUGCUAUACUUCAAUUAGUACCUAAUGGACAAGACUUAUUUACAAGUAUUGAGGACUUGGAAAUUAAAGUUAAAGCUGCCUGGUAUUCGAUUCUACCUAAAUGUUAUCGCAAGUUAUCUAAUAGUAUGAUUAGACGAGUAAAAGCAUGUUAUAGUGCUGAUGGUAGGCCAAUUGAUUUCUGA